AUGGCAUCAACUACCAAAGAAGCGGAUACGUCCUCAUGGUCCAAGGCUGAGAAGAAAUUUGAAAAUAAAAGCGCAAGUGAAUAUUAUGACCCGUGUCAAGCGUUUGCGGACAGGAGUAUCAGGUGCAUGCGCCGGAAUGCAGGCGACCGCGAGAUGUGCGGUGACUAUUUCCAGGCCUACCGUGACUGUAAGAAAGAGUGGUUAAAUUCACGAAAACUAGCCAAAGCCAAAGCAGCAUCAGAACAACAGAAGCAGCAAGAACAAUCAUGA